UUUCAUGUAAAUAUGGCGGUAGUUUAGAUCAAGGUUUUUUAGUUGUUUAAAGCUCAUAAUUUUAACGUUAUUAAAUAUAUAUCUGGCUAAUAUUUUGCGUGAAAAGCUGAAUAAUGUCAGAAGGGGCGAACAAACGCCUGAAGCGUGUGACGGUAGAUCUAGUCGACUGUGAGGGGAACGUCGGUAAGCGGGGCCUGAAAUUUGCAGAUCAGCGAUUGGCACCACCUGACUGGAGUCAGCUGCCGUACGAGAUUCUGCUGCAAGUCUUCCGUUACCUGAACGACAACAGCGACAAGUACCACGCCGCCCUCACCUGCAAGUCUUGGCUCCGCCCACUCUCAGAGCCUUCCCUGUGGCAGUCCGGAGAUUUUGUUUUCAAUGCAAAAAGUCGGACAAGAGCCGUCAGAUUUGUGAGAAUCGCUGGCCAAUCAUUACGUCACUUUAGAGCUGAUUACCCAGAGCCGAAAGGCUUGAUAUAUUGUAACGAAGAGGUGUAUCAGUUUCUGGCUAACUUAAUCAACUCACGCAACCAACGACUAGUGACCUUUAAGAUGACCAACUUGCAAUAUUUGGAUAAUUGUAAUGUAUCCGACGUGAAGUCUACGAGUAUAAUCUGUAAUCUCCUGACUAAUCUACUGGGCCAACAACAUCAGCUGCGUGUAUUGGAUCUCAGCAACAGCCCGAUGUCUUUCAAACAAGGGUUAGAGCUAUUGAAGGCUGUCACCACCAACUGUAGCAGCACAGUCCACACGCUUGUGCUAAAUAAAUUCUUCCAGAGUAAGUUAACCUGCCCUACAGCUUUGUCCAAAUUCGUCAACUCUGUCUGCAGCUUCAAAAACUUGUCAGACCUGGAGCUGAGCUACGACCACCUGUGUGAUGAUCUGCUGCUAAAUCUGGCCAAGAACUCACCAAACCUGAAAGUGAUCACACUUCGAGCGGAUGGCGAUUCCUCGGCUGAUAAAAUUACCUGUGCAGCAUGGCAGCAGCUGACAGCAGCGUGUCCAGAGCUCCAAGCUGUUGUGUCGAUCAACAAACCGAAACAGGCAUUUUUUGACCAAGGACCAAGUGAAAUCCUCACACUCUCCAUGCCAUUAUACAAAGUCAGCUGGGACGCUGGUCUCAUCGCCAUUCAAAACAUAGAACAGUUCUUUCAGCGGGUAUCACGUGACUUUCAGAACACCUUACACCAUAUAGAGCUAAAAACUGGUGUACGGCUGGACAAGAUAUGCUUUGAGCUGUUGUUUAAAAGUUUCCAGACUUGCAGGCACCUGGACUCCGUGUCUGUAGAUGUCACCUGUGACAGGAGAAGUGACCAGGACGAUUACAUGUUCGUCAUCACAGAUGUCAUGACGCGAUGUCCAGUGUCGUAUGAUGUCAUACUGAACGGUCACAAAGUCAAUGGCAGUCCUUCAGUCUGACACUGAUGGUGUUUGCUGUACUGUGCUCUAUGUUGAAUGGUUUACCAUUGAGUUUAGAUUUUGUUAUUA